UCGCGAUCACGGGGCUGGCCAGAGGACUUUAGAUGGCCAGACGAUCUCCCUAAAGUUAGGGAGGAUGCCUUGAACCCACGGGCAGGAGCUCCUCUGAGCCGGGGAGAGAGCGGCCCGCUCGCUUCCAGAAUGACUUCUGAAGUCGCUGCAGAGGCCCUUCCCCUUGGGGGAUCUCGGCUGGGUCAUGACGCCGCUGGCCUGCUGUUGGGAAGCCUUUGAGCCCGGAGACAGGGCCCUGGGGAAGACGGGCUCCGGCCACCCCCUCUCCAGGGCCCUCUCCUCUCCCCGUAGCGCUGGCGGGGCGACCAAGGAGGAGGAGCGCCAGGCCGGCUGGCUUCAGGCACGGCGGCCCUCUGCUUUCUUCCCUUUGCUCAGCUCUUACAGUGGAGCCGUCCUCGGGACGGGCCUCACGGGCUUCGGGUGCAGGUAGCCGGGGAGGGUGAAGGGUGAAGGGCGCCGUCCGUGGCUCCAGGACUCGUCCCCGGCCUCUGCUCCAGGCCGGCCCUCCGCAGCCUCGGGCGCUGGACCGCCAGGGCCUGUCGCGUCGUUGGGAAGAGAAGUGGGGGGGCUAUUCUGACAGGCCCGAGCCCGAUGGUGCCUCCCCAGUAACGUCCAGGAGGCUCUCGGGAGAGCCCUUGCGGCAGCGCAGGCAGAGUUUUCAGGGAGGUCGGGGCACGAGCGGCCAGCUGGAAGGCCUCGUUCUGGAGGAUGGCGGAGGCGAGGCGAGUCCUGACAGCAGGCGAUGGAGGGCAGGUUCGGAGCUGAGGAGGUGGGAAAGGGAAGGAGGACUCCAGAGAGCUCACCCGCGUGGAGCAACGCCAGCUUCGUGGCAUGCUGGGCGUCCGGCCUGGAGGUAGCACUCUGUGUGUGUUUACAUCUUUUUAACUCCUUCCCUUCUGUCUUGGGAUCCAUACUGUGGACUGGCUCCAAGGCAGAAGAGUGGUCAGGGAUAGGUGCAGUGACUUGGCCAGGGUCACACAGCUGGGAAGUGUCUGAGGCCAGAUUGGAACCCAGGACCUCCCGUGUCUAGGCCUGACUCAUCCACUGAACCGCCCAGCUGCCCCCCGGAGCGGCCUUCUCGGCAGAGCUCCUGGUUUGGGGAAUGAGCAGGUAGCCAAGAGGCUCGGAUCGGAAGCUCUUUCCUUUCCCUUCACAAGAUGGAGAAUCUUUCCAUCCACGAGGCAGGAAGGACGUCCAGCUUUCUGCUCAGGGCGGUCCUCCCAGCCGAUGUUGGGCUGUGAACGCUUUAGCCUCUGGAGAACGGAACCUUUCAGAAAUGAGCAACGUUUGGUUUGAGUUUGUGUGCAGGGAAAUGGAGGCCGCGCCGGCCUCCUCCGGGCCCCGCGUGGCGUCCGUGGGAAGCAGGCAGGCCCGGGAGGCGGCUCUUCCUAAGACGUCUGCAAAGUCCCCCGCCUGCACUCGCCGCCUCCCUGCCCUUCGCUUCCUCCUCCACCCAGCGAGAGGGGUCCAGCCUGGGCAGCUGCGAGUGGCCGCUGGGCCUGUGGCCUGGCCACCGCAGAGCCUUCUGGUAAGCCAGUUUGGGUCCCCGACGGCGUGCCUGCUUGGUCUAAGAAGGCCCCCGUGUCAGCGCGGCGCCCAGCUCCGAGUGCCCGGAAGAUGGCCUUGUGGCUCUUUGUCGGAGGGGAAAAGGCGCCUCAGGGAGGCGGCUCGGGUCACCCGGGCCUCGGUGGCUAAACUCGGGGCCCCCCUGCGUCUCACAAUGGUAAAGUCGGAGGGUCCCCCAAGUCUGUCAUUGGCAGAGGCCUCUCUGGCUGCCUCUGGGCUGCCUCAUCUCAUUCUUCAUCUGUGUGUGUGUGUGUGUGUGUGUGUGUGUUUGUGUGUAUCUGAGUGUGUGUGUAUCUGUGUUUGUGUCUAUGUGUGUGUAUCUAUGUGUGUCUGUGUGUGUGUAUAUGUGUGUAUCUGAGUGUGUCUAUGUGUGUAUCUGAGUUUGCCCGUGUGUGUAUCUGUGUUUGUGUCUAUGUGUGUGUAUCUGUGAGUGUAUCUAUGUGUGUCUGUGUGUGUGUGUAUAUGUGUGUAUCUGAGUGUGUCUGUGUGUAUCUGAGUGUGUCUAUGUGUAUCUGAGUGUGUCUAUGUGUGUGUGUAUCUGAGCUUGCCCGUGUGUGUAUCUGUGUGUCUAUGUGUGUGUAUCUGUGAGUGUAUCUAUGUGUGUCUGUGUGUGUGUCUGUGUAUAUGUGUGUAUCUGAGUGUGUCUGUGUGUAUCUGAGUGUGUCUAUGUGUGUGUGUAUCUGAGUUUGCCCGUGUGUAUCUGUUUGUGUGUCUGUGUGUGUGUAUAUGUGUAUCUGAGUGUGUCUGUGUGUGUCUGAGUGUGUCUAUGUGUGUAUCUGAGUUUGCCCGUGUGUGUAUCUGUGUUUGUGUCUAUGUGUGUGUAUCUGUGAGUGUAUCUAUGUGUGUCUGUGUGUGUGUGUAUAUGUGUGUAUCUGAGUGUGUCUAUGUGUGUGUGUAUCUGAGUUUGCCCGUGUGUGUAUCUGUGUUUGUGUCUAUGUGUGUGUAUCUGUGAGUGUAUCUAUGUGUGUCUGUGUGUGUGUGUAUAUGUGUGUAUCUGAGUGUGUCUAUGUGUGUGUGUAUCUGAGUUUGCCCGUGUGUGUAUCUGUGUUUGUGUCUAUGUGUGUGUAUCUGUGAGUGUAUGUGUGUGUGUCUGUGUAUAUGUGUGUAUCUGUGUGUGUCUGUGUGUAUCUGAGUGUGUCUGUGUGUGUGUAUCUGAGUUUGCCCGUGUGUGUAUCUGUGUUUGUGUCUAUGUGUGUGUAUCUGUGAGUGUAUCUAUGUGUGUCUGUGUGUGUGUCUGUGUAUAUGUGUGUAUCUGAGUGUGUCUGUGUGUGUAUCUGAGUUUGCCCGUGUGUGUAUCUGUGUUUGUGUCUAUGUGUGUGUAUCUGUGAGUGUAUCUAUGUGUGUCUGUGUGUGUGUCUGUGUAUAUGUGUGUCUCUGAGUGUGUCUGUGUGUGUAUCUGAGUUUGCCCGUGUGUGUAUCUGUGUUUGUGUCUAUGUGUGUGUAUCUGUGAGUGUAUCUAUGUGUGUCUGUGUGUGUGUCUGUGUAUAUGUGUGUCUCUGUGUAUCUGAGUGUGUCUAUGUGUGUGUGUAUCUGAGUUUGCCCGUGUGUGUAUCUGUUUGUGUGUCUGUGUGUGUGUAUAUGUGUAUCUGAGUGUGUCUGUGUGUAUCUGAGUGUGUCUGUGUGUGUAUCUGAGUUUGCCCGUGUGUGUAUCUGUAUUUGUGUCUAUGUGUGUGUAUCUGAGUUUGCCCGUGUGUAUUUGUAUCUGUGUGUGUCUGUGUAUAUCUGUGUGUGUCUGUGUAUAUCUGUGUGUGUAUCUGUGAGUGUGUAUAUGUGUGUCUGUCUACGUGUGUCUUUGUAUGUAUCUGUGUAUCUGAGUGUGUGCCUGUGUGUAUCUGAGUGUCUGUGUAUCUGUGUUUGUGUCUAUGUGUGUCUAUCUGUUGUGUAUCUGUGUGUAUCUAUGUGUGUCUGUGUGUGUCUGUGUAUCUGAGUGUGUCUGUGUGUUUGUGUCUGUGUGUCUCUGUGUGUAUCUGUGUGUCUGUGUCUUGUGUGUCUGUGUAUCUGAGUGUGUCUAUGUGUGUGUAUCUGAGUUUGUCCGUGUAUGUAUGUGUGUGUGUUUGUAUCUGUGUGUGUCUGUGUAUAUCUGUGUGUGUCUCUGUGUGUGUAUCAGUGAGUGUGUGUAUGUGUAUCUGUGUAUCUGUGAGUGUGUCUAUGUGUGUCUUUGUAUGUAUCUGUGUAUCUGAGUGUGUGUCUGUGUAUCUGAGUGUCUGUGUAUAUCUGUGUGUGUAUCUGUGUCUGUCUAUGUGUGUAUCAGUGAGUGUGUCUGUGUGUCUGUGUGUGUGUGUGUCUACGUGUGUCUUUAUCUGUAUGUAUCUGUGUAUCUGAGUGUGUGUAUCUGUGUGUGCGUCUGUGUAUGAGUGAGUGAAACGAACAGGGACAGGGAGAGGGAGGGAGGGGAGGAGGCAGGCAGGCAGGCAGGCAGGCAGGCAGAGGUUUCCCAGUAUCCAGGGUGGAGCUGCUCCUGGCUCCAGGAAAGCUGGUUUUCUUGGUCACUCAGUCAGUGAGCCGCUCUGUUCCAGGAGUCUGGGUGUGAGUGAGUGAGUGUGUGUGAGUGUGCGCACGCGCCUGUGUGCUCUCUGAGGAAGGGGUUUGUGAGCCAACUGGACAGGGUUGCAUUGAAGCGAGCUCGGAGCUCCUGACACCUUCCCUGCCUGAAGCCUGGCCCGGAGCACCUCUGCGGAGAAGGAUGGCUCGUCCCGCCGUCGCCUGCCUUGUCGUCCUGGUGCUGUCCGCAGCCCUCGUCCCUGCCGUGCUCACAGCAGAGUAUCCCCAAGGCCCUGUUCCCACCCUGUGGAACGACCCAGGGGAGCUGCCCUCUGGAGGGGGGCCCUUCGAAAGCACCACCCACAGCCAUGCCUCUGACGCCACGGAGCUCCCCCUCUACACCGCAGAGUAUGAGCCCGAGGACACCACCCACCUGCACCGGCUGGAUGAUGGCGCUGGGUCCUUGGGCCCCGGAGCCAUCGCUGCCAUCGUGAUCGCUGCCCUGCUGGGCACCUCCAUGGUCUUGGCAUUGAUUGUCAUCACGCUGAGAAAAUUCUCCACUUCCUGAACGAAAUAAAAACGGUCUUGUUUUUCCUAACAUCUGGAUUUGGCUAAGCUCACUUGGCACAACCCACUCUGCUAUGGAUGACCGUCUCCUCGCCAUGCCCUCCUCUUCCUUUGCUGCCCCCGUCACCUGAGAUAGGGAGAGACCCAGAGGCCCUUCACCAGGAUUCUUGGCUGCUCCUUGUGGGCUGUGGGAGUCUCUUUCCCAGUAAGCACAGGCUGAGAGGUUGGCCCCAUGGAGCAGCCUUGGGAGAAGGGUAAGCCUAGAACAGUCCACCUUUUGGUGGUUUUGUUCUUUGAUGUCUUUGGCCUAGAACAAAUGAAAGAAUUGUUCAUGUGGAAAUUUCAGGGGCUUCCGUGAACUUGGACAGCAAUAAGAAUUUCAUCUUUUCUUUUACCAACCUCUGACGGAAAUAUCUAGCGUUUAAUUCAAUUACCUGAAAACUUCAUUCUGAGCCGGGCCCAGAGGCCGCCUGAGGAUGAUUGCCCAGCGGGUCCAGGACGCAGAAAUGGUUAAGAAUCCCCAGGCGAGAAGGAUGGCUUUGGGGUAUGAAAGGGCUCAGCUGCAAACGUCUCUUUGUUCUGUCCCAACCCAUUUUGGUUCCUGCUCCGUUUAGCGGAGACAACACCAUCUUGGCUUCCCCCCAGAAGCCACUUUAAAAAGGGAACAGAGAGGCGACCACGUGGGCCGCCCUUCUGAGGAAUCCACUCGUGCCUUUGUUUAGCCCCAAACCGGGUGCUUCUCAGUGUGGGAUGGGCCAGUUCCUGGGCUGAACCCUCCAGAAGGGGCUUUCUUUUGCUCCCAGAGGCCCAGGCCUUUGCCUCUCCUUUCUGGCCUCCCGGGCCCUCUGGGCAAUCUUCUCCGAAAGGAAAUCUGUCUUAGUGAAAUCCGGCCUGACCACUUUUAGAGCCAAAGGCAGGUUUCACAGACGAGACCCACGUCCACACGGACCGUCAGUAUCCUGUUUUAACUAACGAUUCUCCGUCCUGGCCAGCGGCGGUCCAGGUGCCGCCGGCUCACGUUCUCUCGGGACCCUCCAAAUGCCAGCCCUAGGCCGAAGCCCCACGUCCCCCCUCCAGCCAGAGCUCUGUCCGGCCCAAAGCGGAGCUCUCUCCCAAGGGUGGGCCAUGUGGGUGGCCCCGCAGGUCCCUGCCAGCUCGGAGGAGCCUCCAAAGGGUGUUGGGGAGCCCCUCAGCCCACUCGAGUGCCCCCGAGCUAAUACUGGCCUCCUCGGCCUCCCCCCCUUGGGUUUGGGUCCUCAGAAUCGGCUCCCGUUUUCUCCCUGCUCCCGCGUGAUCUUGGGCCAUCGCUUGGACUCCCUGGACCUUCCCUGAAAAUCCUCACGGCCCCAGCGAGCCGUGGUGAGACGGUGUGAUCUGGACCGGUCCCGAUCCAAAGUACUGACCCAAAGGGGGGGGGGUGAAGGGUCAAACCGCCCCCCCCCUCCCCGACUCCUGCCCAGAAGGCAAGGAUUAUGGAAGCCCCAGAAGCCCGCACCAUGGUGGCCUUCCUGAGCGUUUCCUCCACUGGAUCCUAGCUCCAGGGCUCCUGCUGCCUCCUCCAAGAAGUCCUCUGUGAUCCCCCAGGUGAAAGCAUCCUCCCUUCCUAAAGCUCCCGGAGGCAUUGUGGCGCCUCCUCCCGCCUCCCCGCUAGAAUGGAAGCCCCGUGAGGGCAGACGCUCCUGUCGCAUGCGCAGAACUUAAAUAAAUGCCUUUUGGACGGUU